AUGUUGCUACGAUUGCGCUCCCCCGAUGGCAUGUUCCGCCUAACGGUGGAAAAGGACGAUACAUUUGGUGAAGUCGUUACCAAGACUGACACACAUCUGCGGGAUAGCCACGGCGACCUGAUCUUCGUCAGCUACCAACACCAAGAAUCGGUGGCAAAUGGCGAUGUAGCAGGUGAUGGCCAACCGACCUCGAUCGAGUCAUCCACAAACCGCCUCAACGGAAAACCGAUUCUGCCGACCGAAGACCACCCGAUCGACCCGCCGCCCAACACAUCUGCCGAACGGAUCAAGAACCCCUGGGAGGUAGUCAGGCAGUCUCCGCUGGACGAUAGGCUAGACAGGCGAGAUGGCAAGAUUCCAAGGAAAAGGGAUAAUAAGAUGUGCCGCCACGGGGCGAAGGGCAUGUGCGACUACUGCAUGCCCUUGGACCCUUUCAAUGCCCAGUAUCUCGAAGAGAAGAAGAUCAAGUACAUGUCGGUACACGCCUACAUGCGGAAGACCAACUCGGCCACAAACAAGCCAGAGCUCGGGAGCUCCUUUAUUCCUCCACUCGUCGAGCCCUACUACCGGGUGAAGCGCGACUGUCCCUCGGGACAUCCCGAGUGGCCCGAAGGCAUCUGUACAAAGUGCCAGCCGAGCGCUAUCACACUUCAGCCACAGCCGUUUCGUAUGGUCGAUCACGUCGAGUUCGCCUCACCGCCGAUUAUCGAUAAGUUCCUCGACGCCUGGCGACGGACUGGAUCGCAACGCCUAGGCAUCCUUUACGGCAAAUACAUGGAAUACGAUGUGGUGCCGCUUGGUAUCAAGGCUGUGGUUGAGGCUAUCUACGAACCCCCCCAGGUUGACGAGGUGGACGGUGUUUCGCUCAACCCCUGGGAGAAUCAGGAAGAGAUCAAUACCAUUGCUAGGUACUGCGGGUUAGAACAGGUCGGCGUGAUCUGGACGGAUCUCGUCGACGCGGGAAUGGGAGACGGCACUGCCGUGUGCAAGCGCCACGCAGACUCCUAUUUCCUCGCUUCUCAGGAGGUUGUAUUUGCUGCGAGGAUGCAAGCCCAGCAUCCCAAGCCGAGCAAAUGGAGCGACACCGGCCGGUUCGGCUCCAACUUUGUCACCUGCAUUAUCUCGGGCAAUGAGAAGGGCGAGAUUUCCAUCUCGGCGUACCAGAUGUCGAAUGACGCUGUCGAGAUGGUUCGGGCAGACAUUGUUGAGCCCUCGGCUGACCCCACCCAGAUGCUCGUUCGCGAUGAAGAAGAAGACGACGGCUCGCCGAGCAGGACGCGGUACAUCCCGGAGGUGUUCUACCGGCGAAUCAAUGAGUACGGCGCCAAUGUGCAGGAGAACGCAAAGCCAGCGUUCCCGGUCGAAUACCUCUUCGUCACCCUCACCCACGGGUUUCCCGAGGCGCCGAAACCAGUCUUCAAUAACAUCACGUUCCCCAUUGAAAACAGAGAGUACGUUGGCGAGGCUCAGGAAGUUUCGGCCGUCGCCAAGGCGUUGCGGGUCAACCAAAAGGACGACAGCAUUAACGUUUCUGACUUUCACCUCCUCUGCUACAUCCACGCGAUGGGUGUUCUAGCCAAGGAAGAAGAAGCCCUCCUCUGUCGGGUCGCUACCCAGAACGACCUGGCCGAGUCCUUCCAGCUGCGGUCGACCACGGGGUGGCAGACGCUGCACAUGAUCCUGCAAUCCACUGGUGAGAGACUUCCCAAGCGGCCCCGGCAGUCCGAGGACGCCGGUAACGGGGCCGGCGCUUUUUCUUAUCCCAAUGAUGGCGACGCCCGAGAACCCCUUGCUAAGCGCUUUGCUGCUGUCAGGCUGAACGGAUCCCGCCGCGACGACCACCCGGCCUAG